GCCUGGUAUCUUACUUAAGUUUUCUCUAUUCCCCAGAAAAAGAAAAAGGAAAGGAAAAAAAGAAAAAACUUUGUUCAACUCUGCUCCUGAUUUCUUUCCUCUCCUUCAUUGCUAAUACUGGGAAGAAUUCUCUACACUGGGCGCACUCUACUUCCUCACUUCCCACUCAUUCCGCAACCCUCUGAAAUCUGCCUUUUAUCCUCCCCUCAACAUUCUCUUGAAGUUCACCAGUGAUCUCCUUAACAUGUAGUAUAAGACCCUAUGGAAACGUUUGUCUGUGGGACUGACACUGCUAACCGGCCCUCUCCUGGAAGCCCCUUUCUCCCUGGCUCUGAUGGCACCACCCUCUCUGGGUUCUUCUCCUCCCUUCCUCAGCACUCCUACAGGUCUUAUUUCCAAGGGUUCUUUUUCCUCUCUCAAUCCUGAAAUACACACCUCCCUGAAGGUACUGUCUUUGGCUUUCUGAUUUUUCUUCUCACUCUGAGCCAUCUCGUCCACUUCUCCGAUUGCAACUAUCACCACUGUGCCAAAGACCCUCAAAUCUAUGGCUCGUGUUCUAACUCUGACCUUGUUCUUGAACUCCAGACCCAGACUUCCAGUUGUCUGCUGGAUGUCCCCACAGGAACUCCGGCCCAUAACUCAGGAUGCCCAGAUUCACUGAAACCCCCACAUCCAUCUCACCCCCACUUCCACCCAAAGCCACUCUUCUAUCCAUGUUCUAAGUAUUAUCCUAGGUCAGUCACAAGCUAGAAGCCCCAGUUAUCAUCAGUGCCUCCCUUACCAAAUUCUAGUGACCUGUAACCAACAUCUCCUGAGCUCCUGUUCGGGGUCAGGAUGCAGCUAAGUGGUUUGCAGGAGACAUGAUUUCCUCAUCUCAGCAAACCUAUGAGGGAGACAUUCAUUUCCCCUCCAUUUCACAGAUGAGAAACUGAGGCUAGGGAUUAAAUCACAUGUCCAAGGUCACACAGCUAGAAUGUGACCAUUCCAGGACCUGGACAGAACUCUGUCUGACUCCUAAGCACUAAACUCUGCUCUGAAUAUAUUUUUUCCUCAUAUCUCUCAAGCAAGUCCCUUCUUCACCAGGAAAGAGUGUGAGGCAGUAAAAAGGAGCACAGACUUUGGGUCAGAUGGAUCUGAGUUUGAAUCCAGCUUCUUAGUCAUGGGGCCCAGUCACCUGUCCCUGUUUGAGCUUUAGUGUCUUCCUCAGCAAGUGGAGGUAGUUUCUGUAUUGCCGGAUUGUGGGGAGGAUUUGAGGUGAUGACUCUGGCCCAACUCAGACACCCAAUAAAUGGUAGCCCGAAUUACCGAGGUUAUCUGUCCGUGCUGCCUCUGACUGCUCAGAUCAUUGCCACAGCUCUUUUACUGACCUCAUUUCCUCCCGUCUUUUUCCUCUUUCACUCAUUCUACAUACUACUCCCAGAGGGAUCUUUCCAGACAAAUCAGAUCAUAUCAUUUCCUUGCUCAAAAGCAUUCAGGGGGUUGCAAUUACUGAUUGAUUGAAAUCGAAAACAUCUGGCCCCAAACCACUGUCCAGUGUUAUCAUGCACAUGUACACGUGUGCACAUACACAGCCAUCUUUGUGGACAUAAUGCCCCUGGGUUGCACUGUAAUUUGUACACCGCCCUUUCUCAGCCUCUCCCCUAUAUACUCGGAGUACCCCUCUCCCCCCGCACACACAUAUUUGACCUCCUUUACCAUGGAAACCUCACUGGUCCUCCCUACUCCCUACCAUCCCAGGGAAACAAAUCACUCCCUCUUCAGCUCCUCCCCAGCAUUUCACACAAGCUUCACUCAUUCUCAGGCACUUAGGACUUUGCCUCACAUGGCAGCUAUUUAUACGCAGGCCAUGACCUAUGCUCUCAGGCACCCUCUGUUUCCACCUCUCAUUGCUGCCUUUGCCCCCGUGGGAUCCUGACUGCUCAUUUACACGUCUAAUCCCCUGGCCAAAGCUGUGCAAGGGCAGGGGCUGUAUCUGCCUCAGGUCUAGAAUAGCUGUGUCUAGAACUCCCUGAUGCGGCUUGAUGACUGGAUGAAGCUUUGAUUCCUCUCCAUUCCCUGAGAUCAGUGUCAAUAUAUACGUGUGCACACACAAUGCCAGAUUCAUCUUUGUAUCUUUAUAGCAUCUAACACAAAUCAUGGCCCUAAAUAGAUGCCCAGUACAUAGUUCUUGAAUUGCUAAAUUUCAUUUCUUCCUAUUUAUUUAGAAUUCCAUCAGAAAACCUCUUUUCAAGUUCUGUCCAUUGCAGGUAAAGAGAAAAAUGGGUAGGGCUUGCUGACUGAGCCCUACAGAAUGUCUGAUGGAUUGUGGUUGGUGCCCAUGCCUGGGGCUCCCCACACGUGAUUACGGUGUCUGCCCCCACCUUCCUCUAUGGGUAAUAAGCCCAGGAUCCUCACAAAUGCUUUCAAAGCCAGCUCCUCACUACCCCAGCAAUUCGUUUCUGGGAUGCUCUGACUCAUUUGGCCUUUUCUGCUAAAGACUAAACAGAGGUUUUCAUUAGAAAGGUACAAAAAAAGUCUGAGAAGCCACCCACCCUCAACAGACCAUGAGUUUCCUGGAGCAGAGGCCCCAGCUUACUUAUUAUGCACCUGAGUGCAAUCUGCAGGUGCUCACUAGAUGCUGACCUGCCCGGCAUGGUAAACAAGAUGGUGGACAGAAAUGCCACCAUGUGACUUGAUCCUGCUUCUCCUGUGACAGAAACAUUUGAAAAGUCAGGAAUCAGAUUUUUUUCCUGUUCAUACCACAAACCUCCAUACCUGCAGCUAUACACAGCACCAGCCUGACAUUUGGAUUUGCCAUUAAGUUUGCCAGUAGCUUUGAAAAAGGUCUCUUGACCCAGUCCAUUUCUGUAUCCUUCUAUAAUGCAUCUAAUUCAACCUUGUUUCUUCCUGCUAAAAUAGCAACCUAAAAGCCCUAAGAGUUAAUUCUACGUAAUUUGCUUCUUGAAUUCUUCAGAUUUCUGCUAUGCUUCUAAAAGCUACAAUUUCAUCCAAUUUAAAAAUUCUUCCAGCCGUAAUUUGGCCCUUCUCUUCCCACGUCUAACUUAUUCUCAGGCCACGUAACCCAGAAAAUCAUCUCUUAGGGAACAUUAUCAGAAUUAAGAUACAGUAAAGUUAAGAGUAAAACUUCAAGUGUUCAGGCUGAACGCCUAACUCAGGUUUAGAUGAUGUGUACAUGAGAUAGGGGGAACCGAAUAGAUGGAAAGAUGAGAAGAACAGGAAGUACGGGGCCCUGGGCCUGCAACGGCAGGAGGAAGCCAUCUCCCCCUCCCCUCAAAUACCUUUCUUUGCAGAAAAUGAGUAUUUAAAAAAAAAAAAAAAAAAACUUCACCUUCUAUACACAGUAAAAAGCCUGUCAAUUCACCUCUCUAGAAACACAAUGUUAGGUAGACCAGGCACGAGGUGGUGGGGAGAAAUGGCUGCAUGUGGCAUCAUCUUCACUUUCUAGAGGAGGUCUGAGGUAUGGCGACUAAAAUUACAGAGCUACUUUCAGGUCAGAAAACAAAGUACAAAGUGUGUUUUUGUUUGUUUGUUUGUUUGUUUGUUUUUGAGACAGAGUCUCACUCUGUCACCCAGGCUGGAGUGCAGUGGUGCCAUCUUGGUUCACUGCAACCUCCCUCUUGGGUUCAAGCUAUUCUCGUGGCUCAGCCUCCCAAGUAGCUGAGAUUACAGGCCUGUGCCACCAUGCCUGGCUAAUUUUUGUCUUUUUAGUAGAGAUCAGGUUUUGCCAUGGUGUCCAGGCCUCUCUCAAACUCCUGACCUCUGGUGAUCCACCUGCCUCAGCCUUCCAAAGUGCUGGGAUUACAAGCGUGAGCCAUGGUACCCACCCUCAAGGUGUGGUUAUUACGGUGAUAAGCCAAUUUCCAAAUGGCCUCUUUUUCCCUUUCUGUUUCAUAUUUGCUACCUUGGCCAAACACCGCAUUCCCAUGUGAUGGGAGAAAGGAAUUCCAAAGCCAUGAAUUCGGGAGCGACGGGUGGAGAGCAGUGCUCUGUGUUCUUUACGUGGCUGUGAGAUUUUAAGUAACCAAGAGGAGUGGUUUAAGGCGGAGCUUGGGAGCCAGGAAGGAUAUGUGCCCAAGAAUUUCAUAGACAUCCAGUUUCCCGAAUGGUUUCACGAAGGCCUCUCUCGACACCAGGCAGAGAACUUACUCAUGGGCAAGGAGGUUGGUUUCUUCAUCAUCCGGGCCAGCCAGAGCUCCCCAGGGGACUUCUCCAUCUCUGUCAGGCAUGAGGAUGACGUUCAACACUUCAAGGUCAUGCGAGACAAUAAGGGCAGUUACUUCCUAUGGACGGAGAAGUUCCCCUCCCUAAAUAAGCUGGUGGACUACUACAGGACAACCUCUAUCUCCAAACAGAAGCAGAUCUUCCUCAGAGACAGAACCCGAGAAGACCAGGGUCGCCGGGGCAACAGCCUGGACCGCAGGUCCCAGGGAGGCCCACACUUCAGUGGGGCUAUGGGAGAAGAAAUCCGGCCUUCGAUGAACCGGAAGGGGUCAGAUCACCCCCCGACCCUUCCCCUGCAGCAGCACCAGCCGCAGCCUCCGCAGUAUGCCCCAGCGCCCCAGCCACCACAGCAGCGGUAUCUGCAGCACCACCAUUUCCACCAGGAACGCCGAGGAGGCAGCCUUGACAUAAAUGAUGGGCACUGUGGUGCUGGCCUGGGCAGUGAAAUGAAUACGGCCCUCAUGCAUCGGAGACACACAGACCCCGUGCAGCUCCAGGCAGCAGGGCGAGUGCGGUGGGCCCGGGCACUGUACGACUUUGAGGCCUUGGAGGAUGAUGAGCUGGGAUUCCACAGCGGGGAGGUGGUGGAGGUCCUGGACAGCUCCAACCCAUCCUGGUGGACUGGCCGCCUGCACAACAAACUGGGCCUCUUCCCUGCCAACUACGUGGCACCCAUGACCCGAUGAACUCUUCGGGGGACAGAAGCUUUUUGUCUGAAGCUGCCCACAAGAGAGAGGGCAAGUAAAAAAGGCUGAACUCCAUGACUCUAUAUACAUAUAUCUCUCUACGGCUCUCAGUGUACACACACAACUUUUUAUACUAGUAAUUUAUUGGCAGUUGGGCUGGUAAUUAGUUGAUGCAAAAGGGAACUCAGGUGGAGAAUAAUAUUCACACUUGCUUUUCUGCUCCCCUCAGGGUAUGUGGAAAGCAGUGGGGGAGUUGGGGGGUGGGGCAGGGAAAUGAAAUGGAGCUUUGUCCUGGC